UACCGUCUCUCACAUAUCAGUAUAUAAAUUUUGAAAGUUAGGGUUUUGUGAUGUUCCACUUCGGCUGGUAAGAAGGAUCCUUAAAUCCUAACAGAAAUUUAGUAAUUGAUCUCUCGUAGAGUGUAAUGGCUGCCAACAAUCCGCUGGGUAUAGAUAAAGAACAGGCCUUUGGUAUGGCAGAAACUGAAAUGGAGUAUAGAGUAGAAUUGUUUAACAGGCUUGCUCAGACAUGUUUCAAUAAGUGUGUUGACAAAAGGUACAAGGAGUCUGAGCUAAAUAUGGGUGAAAAUAGUUGCAUUGAUCGGUGUGUUUCGAAGUAUUGGCAGGUUAAUAGUAUGAUUGGGCAGCUGCUCAGUGCUGGUGGUCGGCCUCCAAUGUAAAACUUUGGCAUAUUCCUGCAAGUUCGUUUUUUAAUUCAAAGCAUACUAGGCCUGCUGUUAAGAAUGGAGACUAAAACUAUUGAGGUCAUUGUAUUGUUGUUUGCGAGAAUUUAUAUUGGUUAACUUUUGCAAUCUGAUAAAGAUUUUGGUAUUUGGAAUGAGUAAUUUUUUCUUA